AUGUUUAAGAAAAGAGUAGCCAAGGAUCCUGCCAGUAGCUCCAAAAGAAAGGUCGCUGAGAUUGAUAAUGACGGCCAGGUAGCUACAUCCGCAAAUGAGACAUCAAAAUUCAAUAAACGAUCGAAGUUGACUAAUGCCAAUACAACUACCCCAUCCACAUCCACAUCAUCGCGAAAGCUCACACUUGCAUCUACUCCACUACUGCUCCACCCAAUAAGCCAAAAAGACAAAGAAGAGCUUACAAAGGAAAUACCAAAGAAGCCGCCUUCAUCGGCGAUAAAACCGGUACCGGAAAAUAUCAACAUUACUACAAUGAUGGAUUUCCAGCCUGAUGUAUGUAAGGAUUUCCAACAGACGGGGUACUGUGGAUACGGCGAUACAUGCAAAUUUCUUCACAUAAGAGACGAAUCUAAACAAAAGGUGCCAAUAAAAAAGGAAUGGGAGGAGGUAGUUGCCAACAACCACAAUGGAAAAAGCACCAUGUCCAAGAACAACAACAAUAAUAACAAAUCAGGUGAUUCAACUACAAUACCAUUCAAAUGCAUACUUUGCAAAAAGGAUUACAAGAGCCCCAUAAAGACCCAAUGUGGUCAUUUAUUUUGUCAAGCUUGUUUUUUGAAUCGGUUCAAGGUGCAAAGGAAGUCAGGAUGUGCUAUAUGUAAUAAAGAUGUGGAAGGGGUGAUGAUACCUGUUUCGAAAAAGGAGUUGAAUGAGUUGAUUGGAUGA